GCAAGUGCGGAGGUCCACGCGACGCUCCUCACGCGCUGCUCAGCCCGCGCUUCGGGUUGCGCUCUCUGCGUCUCCCGCUGCCGGUCGCGGGGUGUCGGGUUCGUCCGGAACAAAGAGCUCCUUUUCACCGGGCAGUACCAGGGUAGCGUUGCUACUCAAAGGGGACAGCUGUCACUGAAGGGAGAACAGGUCAUUUUAACCGGGAAAUAGGUAUAUUAUCGGCGGGGGGGGCGAACGGCACCUGUACACCAACUAGUGCCUAAGUCAAGUAGCCACCGAACUGCUAGCACUUCACUUCGGUUUGCUUUCCUAUCCUCCCUGUGAAAGUCGGACUUCGCCGCGUUUUUUUUGGCAGCUGCAUCUCAGAGAAUUUGUCCACGAACAGCGUUCCGGCCCGCGGGGACAACUGCGGUUCCACUCGUGCUUUUACCGCCCAGUCAGUCGCCUAUUCCGCCCGCUGAGACGCGAUGCAACAGCCGCCCGCGGUUCCCUCCUCAACGGCCGUCCCGGAGCCCGCUGUCCAUCUUCCCACAGAGCAGUUCUCGAAGAGGCGCAGAACAGCACUAUGGUUCACUGCAGUGCUGCUCUUCCUCUCCAUCAUAAUCCUGGUGGUGGGCCUGGUUUCUGCCACACGCACAGGGAGUGUGGCUGUAGCUGGGUACUACCCUGGCGUUAUCCUAAGUUUUGGAGCUUUCCUUGGAAUUGUAGGAAUAUACCUGGUAGAGAACCGAAGACCCAUGCUUGUAGCAUCCAUCAUCUUCGUCAGCAUUGGGGUUAUUGCCUCCUUCCUCUGCGCUAUUGUGGAUGGGAUAAUCGCAGCAGAGUUCAUUGACAUAAGACCCCUAAUGGAAAAUAGAUGUGAGUUCUACUCAAGCGAUCCUGGCCAUUUCUAUGAAAGCUACCAGUCUGAGAUGACCUGCUACUCAUUUAAAAACAAAUGCAAGAUCCGUGUGAAGAGCAAUACCUGCUACUGCUGUGACCUGUACAACUGCGAAAGCCCCGACUACAACGUCCAGUACUACAUGUUCACACACGUGAACAGCUGCUCAGAUGUGGUACACCUGUACCGCCUGCUGUGGUCCUCCGUGGUGCUCAAUGUCCUGGGCCUUUUCUUGGGCAUUGUCACAGCUGCCAUCUUGGGCGCCUUCAAGGACAUGGCAUCGACACCUCAGACAUGUCCCAGCCCCGCUCCGCCCCCCCACAUCUUAUACAACCCCGCCCAGCAUGUCCUCACCUAUGCAGGAUUCUGCCCUUCCAGUCAGUCGAUGCCAGCCUACCCAAACUACCCUCUUCCUCUACAGCACCCCAGCAGUUACCAGCCGCCCUCGGCAGCACUGCCGGGCACCGAGGGCCCCACGUCCCCGUCAGAAGAGAGCCAGUCGCCUUCUCAGCCCAUCUCACAGGCAUCCUCCAGCUACAUGCUAACCCCCAAUGCCCCUGCUUUUUACGGUACGUCCUAUGGCCCUUGUGAGAAGCCGCCACCCUACGCCUGCUGAGCUGCCCAGUUUGGGGGGGGAGCGCUGCGUCAUCUCCCGACCUUCUACUGUCUGACAAGCACCCCUGGAGACGACAGCCCACCCCCUCCACAUUACAGGAUUUUACAGGUGGGCUACGCAAUUCUGAUGACAUACAGCACAGCUUUUAAAUGAAACAUUGUCUGUACUACAGAUCAGAUAUAGGACAAAAUACAAUUAAGACCUUCUCCUCAAGGUGUCAAAUUAAAUGUCUAAAAUUUCUGAAGAGACAUACUGAAUCCUGGCUGUAUGCAUGGGGUGUCACCAUUUUCACAUCAUUUGACUAGCAGGACUUUCUGAGCAUGUCAGUAUUUGAGUGUUACUAUAAGCAGCUCUCCACAUAUCUAACUGUACAUGUCCAUUGUUAUAACUGUGCUAUUGUGGAAGUAGCAGCAUAGACUGAAAACAUGUUUUCUGAACACUGUGCUAUAGCUUAGUCUUAAGUAGAAAGUACAUUAAGGAAAUCUUACACUGGAAUUUAGGAUAUGACUGUAUAUCCUUGUUUGGUGUGUUCUGAAAAACUAUAUUGCAGUGUUUUGCUGUUUACACUUGAGGUUCCUCAGCAUACUGAUACUGUCUUACCUGUGUGCGAAAAGUAAACUGUUCACCGAUUGUCUAAACAAGAGCAACUAAAGACAAAAUUGCCUGUUUGCCAUAUUUAUUUUAAUACCAGUUUGUUGCUGGGGGAAAAAAACUUCAAUAUGUAUCCCAGCAAUCUGAUGCUGGGAUUCUCAUGACAGACAAAAUGGUGUCAAAUACAGAAGAUUUAAAAAAACACACACACACCAAAAAAAAAAAAAAAAAA